CCUCUGUUUAUUGAGUAACGAGUGCGUGUGAGGGGUCGAUUCACUAUGACUCGGCGAUGCUCUCAUUGUAGCCAUAACGGGCACAACUCGCGUACCUGCCCGACUAGAGGAGGGGUGAAGUUGUUUGGUGUUCGACUCACAGAUGGGUCUAUAAAGAAGAGUGCGAGUAUGGGCAACCUCUCCUCUGCUCAUCUUUGCUCUUCCGCCUCUGCUUCUGCGUCUCCCAACGCUGGUUCCCCUUCUUCUGAUCCCUUUCGUGAUCCUACUGCUGUUGCCGAAGGUUAUGUUUCUGAUGAUCCUGCUCAUGCAGCUUGUUCUUCUAGUUGCCGUGGUGAGAGGAAAAAGGGGGUCCCAUGGACGGAAGAGGAACACCGACUUUUUUUACUGGGGCUACAGAAGCUAGGAAAAGGGGAUUGGCGGGGGAUUGCACGUAGUUUUGUCAUGUCAAGGACUCCGACUCAGGUGGCCAGCCAUGCCCAGAAGUAUUUCAUUCGGCAGAGUAAUGCAUCCCGGAGAAAAAGACGAUCCAGCCUAUUCGACAUGGCGCCAGAUAUGUCCAUGGAGUCGACAACAGGGACAGAGGAGCACUUAUUGUGCCCAACUUCUCAAGCUAGUGAAACAGAGAAUGUAAACCCCAAGCCUCCUCUAGACCUCUCUCUCGACCAAGAAUGUGAACCUAUGGAGGCGACUUCCAAUGAUACACUAACGGAAGCUGAAGAAACUAUUGCAUCAAGUAAUUUCCCACCAAUGAUUCCUGGUUUUUUCCCGACGUAUUUACCUUCCCCUUUCUCAUUCUGGCCACCAAGUCUGGCUCCAGCAGGAGAAGAGAAACAAGCUAAGACUUCUCAACAUCAGGUCUUAAAGCCAACCCCCAUCCAUUGCAAGGACCCAGUCAAUGUAGACCAACUGAUGGCCAUGUCUAAGCUAAGCUUAGGAGAGGCUGCUAAGGGAAGUUUAGAACCUUCUUCCCUCUCUCAGAAAUUGCUGGGAACUCCAUCAAGGCAAUCAGCUUUUCAUGCAAGCACACCGGUUACUGAGUCAGAAUUGAGCCAGAACACUAGUGUAAUCCAUGCAGUGUAAGGCAGUGAAAAUAGGGUUAGUUUCCUUCUUUGUUCUUGUUUAUUGCUUUUAAAUAUAUUUAUUUUCUCAAUGCUUAUUUCAUUAUUCAUUUUUCCUAAUAUACUUAUAUAUAGAAGACAUUUAUUUGUAG